ACUUAGAUUUACUUAUAAAAAAGGCGCAGAGGGGUAAAAAUGUAAUUUCCUCAUUUAAUUUCUGAAUUCUACUCCAAACGCGCGAAUCACGCUUUCAUUCUUUUUGAACUCAAUUCUCUCCUUCAUCUUCAUCUUCACAAUUAAGAUCGAUUCUCUCAUCUUCAUCUUCCAUAUUUCUCGCCUAUUUUAUUUCAACAUCUCCAGAUUUUCUUCGAUUUGUUUCAUUAUUCCGUAUUCUCCAGAUUUUGUUUCCAUAAUUGUGAUCGGGAAGAUGUUUUCAAUUUUGCGUUCUUAUUUUCAUUGAUUACCUCUUCAAUUGCUGUGAAAAUUUGCUUCGAUGGAAUCUGUAGCAAAUAACGAAGGUAUGUACAUUCCUGUUUGUGAUGAUGCUUUGAAGCCAAUGAUUGGUAUGAAAUUCAAUACAUUAGUAGAAGCAGUUGGUUUCUAUGAACAUUAUGCUCGUUCAGUUGGUUUUGGCAUUCGUAAAAUGGGUAACAAAUCAGUUCAAGGUAUUACUAAGUGGCAGUAUUUGGCUUGCAGCAGACAAGGCUCUAAGAAUUUUAUACCUGGUCAUGCAUCCCAAUCAACUGAAGUGUCUUUUAAAAAGCGUAGGUGUCGGUCAUUUAGGUGUGAAUGUCUUGCUAAGCUCAAUUUGAGAUAUUAUUCAGAUGGCAAGAGCAGAGGAUAUGAGGUUUAUCAGUUUGUUGAGUAUCAUAAUCACUUAAUGGUUGCGGAUGAGCAUAGGCAUUUUAUGAUGGCCAAUCGCAAUCUGGAUCCUAUCCAUCGGAGGUUUAUGGAGGAUUGUGGCAGGUGUAAUAUUGGUCCCACUCUCACAUUCAAACUUUUGAAGGAGAUAAUGGGUGGACCUGAAAAUGUUGGAUGUGAUAUUAUUGAUAUUAGAAAUGGUUAUCGUGAUAUUAUGUCCAAUAUUGAUGGUUCAGAUGCUCAAAUGAUUUUUGAUUAUAUGCGUUCUCAAAAGGAAUCAUCUGAUGCCUUCUAUUAUGAAAUUGAGAUAGGAUCUCAUGGAAAGUUAACUAGACUCUUCUGGGCUGAUGCUAUUUCAAGACGAAAUUAUCAUAUGUUUGGAGAUGUAAUUUCAUUUGACUCAACAUACAACACUAACAGUGUGGGCUGA